UGUCCAUUUCUUCAACGGAUUGAAUAUUGCAUACUUCAAACAAACCCUUUGAAGUCCCCGCCGGUGAUCUCGCCGCCACGAAUUCAAUUUGCUGACAACUCUUUUCCUACACCCAUUUAGGGUUCUACCCAUUUUUUUAAUCCAACGACGUGUUCACAUCGUAGUCAACGACUUUUCAAUCCAAUGCCAGCUCCAUUAAAUUGAACAUAUAUGCAAUCAACGAUGGCCACAAGGUGCAUUAGGGCUCGUGAACUCAUUCUUCGGACUACAACCAACAAGAUGAUGAUGGGUUCGAGCCACAGCUGUAGUAGUAGUAGCAUUUCUCGUUCACUCCUCCCACAAACUUUCAUCAGUGGUUCACAGAGUUUCAGUAAUCGUGUUUUAGUCAGACAGCUUGCCAUCCAACCGCCAAAUUCAUGGGGUGGUUCAAGGAACUCUACGCGCUUUUUCAGACAAUUAACUGCGUUUGUCUCGGAUUUCUCCUCUAUUCCCCCGAAAAAACCUCAGGGUUCAGUGUCAAAUGGGGUUGCUUCAUUAACAACAUCAAGCGGAGAACAAGGAACAAAGCAGAAAAAGGAAGAUGAUGAAAAGAAUCUUGUUACAAAAGGGGAUGAAAUUAGUAACACCAAGAUUCUUAGUACACUUGCAAAAAUCUUGUGGAUGAAAGAUAACUUGGAGUUCAAGCUGCGAGUACUCACUGCGUUAGGUUUCUUGGUUGGUGCCAAGGUAAUGAAUGUUCAAGUUCCAUUCUUGUUCAAGCUAGCUGUUGAUUGGUUAACAACAGCAACAGGGAAUCCUACUUCAAUUGCAGAGUUUGCAGCUUCUAAUCCAACAGCUUUAGCUGUUUUCGUGAGUCCUGCAGCUGUUUUGAUUGGUUAUGGUAUAGCAAGAACAGGGGCUUCUGCUUUCAACGAAUUGAGAACUGCAGUGUUUUCAAAGGUGGCACUUCGGACCAUUAGAUCAGUUUCAAGGAAAGUAUUUGCACAUUUGCAUGAACUUGAUCUACGAUAUCAUCUAAGUCGAGAAACUGGGGCAUUAAAUCGAAUUAUUGAUCGUGGUAGUCGAGCUAUUAAUUUCAUCCUUUCAGCCAUGGUAUUCAAUGUUGUUCCAACAGUAUUAGAGAUUGUGAUGGUAGGAGGUAUUCUCGCGUACAAAUUUGGAUCAGUGUUUGCAUUGAUUACAUCUUUGUCUGUUGCUGCAUACGUUGCCUUCACUUUGACUAUAACACAAUGGAGGACUAAAUUCAGGAAGAUUAUGAACAAAGCUGACAAUGAUGCAAGCACAAGGGCAAUCGAUUCUCUUAUAAAUUAUGAGACUGUGAAGUAUUUCAACAAUGAGCAGUUUGAAGCUGAUGAGUAUGAUAAGUAUUUAAAGAGGUAUGAAGAUGCUGCCUUGAAGACACAACGUAGUCUUGCUAUUUUAAACUUUGGUCAAAGUUUAGUAUUCAGUACUGCUCUUUCAGCUGCUAUGGUGUUGACUUCAAAUGGCAUAUUGAAUGGUCAAAUGACUGUUGGUGAUCUGGUUAUGGUGAAUGGGCUCUUAUUCCAACUCUCUCUUCCUCUCAAUUUCCUUGGAAGUGUGUAUCGUGAAACCGUGCAGAGUCUUGUUGACAUGAAAUCCAUGUUUCAGCUGCUUGAGGAGAAGGCGGAAGUGGGAAAUGCAGAUGAUGCAAAGCCUUUAAAGUUGGGAGGAGGUAGCAUUGAAUUUGAAGAUGUUCAUUUCAGUUAUCUACCAGAAAGAAAGAUUCUUGAUGGGAUAUCUUUUGUGGUUCCAUCUGGGAAAAGUGUGGCUAUUGUUGGAACUAGUGGCAGUGGUAAAUCAACUGUCCUUAGGAUGAUAUUCAGGUUCUUUGACACCAAUUCUGGCACGGUGAGAGUAGAUGGUCAAGAUGUACGAAAAGUUACGCUCGAAAGCCUUAGAAAAUAUAUUGGUGUGGUCCCGCAGGAUACGGUAUUAUUCAACGAUACAAUUUUUCACAACAUCCAUUAUGGUCGUCUUUCAGCUACACCUGAAGAGGUGUAUGAUGCUGCUCGAAAAGCAGCAAUUCAUGACACUAUUAUGAACUUCCCCCAAAAAUACUCCACUCUAGUUGGUGAACGUGGUCUCAAGCUUAGUGGGGGUGAGAAACAAAGAGUGGCUCUGGCUCGUGCCUUCCUGAAAGCUCCUCCUAUUUUGCUGUGUGAUGAAGCAACAAGUGCUCUGGAUAGCACAACAGAGGCAGAGAUACUGACAGCAUUGAGGUCACUUGCCAAUAACCGAACAGCAGUCUUUGUUGCUCAUAGGCUUACAACUGCAAUGCAGUGCGACCAGAUUAUUGUGCUGGAGAACGGGAGGGUGGUGGAGCAGGGUGCUCAUGAAGCUCUGUUGUCAAAUGGUGGUAGAUAUUCACAACUCUGGUCACAGCAAAACAACACAGUUGAUGCUCUUGAUGCAGCUAUCCCAUCAAAUUAGAUUACAAGCUUAAAUUAUUAUUAUUCUUCUUCAUGUUGAUGGAUUUUUGUUUAUUUAGAAAACAAAAAGCAUACCUAGUCAAAUCAUUUUUCAGCUACUUGUAUAGUUUUUCUUGUGUUAAUGUUGAUGGUUGUGUGAUACAUUGUGUAAAUCUUCUUCAGUUUUACAAUAUAUCCAUCCAAUUUGUUUCAA